UUUUCUCUUGAAUAGGUUCUUCACACAUAACAGAAUGUCUCCAAAUAAACAAUUUGUGUAUCAGCUUUUGUGUUGUCUCCAUUCCAUAAAUUAACACUAAUCCAGAGCAACAUUUGUUGAGCCUCUCAUGAGGACGUCUUCCAUGAAAUAGCAAAGUGUUGGGCAUGGAUCUCGCUGUGAAGGAUUUCCAUGCUACCAUGAAGAUGAUUGCAUCUGACACUAUUUCCUUACAAUCAGACAACUUGGGAUCAUCUUCAUUUGAUGCAAACAAUCAAAACCUGCCUCUUUCAGACAACAAAGAUAAAUGGAAUCAUUUGUCUUCAAGUCAAGGCCUAGGUGCUUCCAACUCUCAAGGUAUUGUAAAUAGUUCCAGUUCUGAUUUCUGUGAUGGAGAUAUUCAACAAGAUUUGCCCUACCAUGCUGAAAAUAAAACUUUUGAAAAAGGAAAAUCUCCAUUCAUGAAUCAUUCUGUUGGAACAGGAAAUUCAUUUUCUGUUGAAGACCUUCAAAAGAGAGGAGAAAAUAGUAUCUUGAACACCAGCAGUUGUGAUGUAAAUUACAUUACUAGUUCUCAGGAAAAUAAUCUUACUUUCAAUGAGCAAAUGCUCAAUCCUCAUAAUGCUUCCUUUAAUACUUGCCAAGGGUACUAUAACCCUAAUAUUAAUAGUGUAGAAGAAUCUAAAAAUCUUCAAAAUGGCUGCUUGGAUGCUACCAAUUCACGUGACAGUGGUCAGUGUGGCAAGGAAUCAGAUCAUUUUGUUGAGGAUUCAGAGAUGCAACCAAGGCAGAGAAGAAAGUCACGUAAACCACUCAAGUCAAGCAUACGUUAUGUGAAGGCUGUGAGUGACUCUCCACUGUCUACUUGCACUGAACUCUCCCCUCCUCCCACUUUGAGUUCCCCUUCUUUACCUUGCACUCCCCCUGUGUCAGUGCAAGCUCCUCUCUCCCCUCCUCUUUCUGACGUACAGUCUAGCCUCUCCAGCUUGUCUCCAUGCUCUUCCGUUAAUAGUGAUGAGAACAAGUGUGCUCCUCGAGCGCCUCUACCGAGACUAUUGCCAAUUGAUAAUUGGCCUGCAUCAUCUGCCGUCCUGAACAAGCUGCCUAACAAAAUAGACAAUUCAUCUCAACUGAAACAAGAUGAACAGCACCAUUCCUUCAUCUCCAAUCCUGAUGAGUUGCCCCCACCUCCCCCGUAUCCCAAAGUUGAAAACAUACAUAUUACCAACAAGAUGAAUUUGAGGUCCAAUGAAGCACCUAAUUCUAAUGAUAGUGCCCAUGAAGAGAUGAACGAGUCCUGUGAUGCACAUGAACAAAAUCAAUGCAGAGAAGACAAUUCAAGACCUCCUCCGCCUCCAUACCACAGCCACUUCUUCUCUCACCUGGAUAAAAAAUUGUGUGAUUCACCCUCAGAUAUCAGCAAUACUGAUAGUGAAAGCUCAACAUUGUGUCCAACUCCUAAUCUCUCAAGAGUAUCAUCUCUAAAUGAGUCAUUCUGGUCAUCUGUUCACCUCCCUUCAUCAUUGUCAGUUUCUGCCGUUGGUAUCCCUGAUACUCAACUAAAAGGCUCAGUGUCUUCUAAUGCUGAUUUUACAAUUGAUGGCAGCAAGAAAGCCUGCAAGAAGACAUCUGAUGGCGAUGGUGACAACAAAUCUGCGUGUGAUGCAUUCCCAGCCAAUAGCAUGGCUAUGCUUUUACAGCGCUUGACUGCAUCUCAAAACAGGGAGUGUGGAAAUCCUGCCAAUGAUUUUUUCAUGAUUGAUGAUUCUAAUAUACAGAGACAUGAUGGGGCGAUGGUCCAGCAAGCACUCAAAAGAAAUGAUGAUAUUCAGCACCCUGAGGACUCCUCUGCUAAUGGAAAGAAAGCUAAAAACACUAUCAAUAUUGACAUUGAUAAAAACAACUUGACUAGUAUUCUUAACAACCUCAUUGCCAAGAAUGUGGUGCAACCUAAUAGCCUCUCUGCAGAUGCACCAAACUCCAGUCACUCUAUUUUUCUCCCAAGUGAUCGGGAUAGCCCUUCUGCAUCAGGUAUAGAACCCCAACAAACUGCAUUGCAAAGCCCCCAUCCUUCUUUUGAAGAGCAGGAUGCUGCUCCAUCUCCAUACAAUUCAGACAAAAACGAUUCGUGUGCUUCUUCGCCCUCAACCUCUAAACAAAGGUCUCAAGUAAUGGAUUUGGUGAAUGAACAUAACUCUCAAAGGAUGGAUAUUAACAACGAUCAGGAUCCUGAAGAUGUCAAUGAUCAAGCAAUGGAUCUUGGUAAGCACGCAUCUAACUCAAGUGACGACCAGCAAUCUGCUUCUGAUAACAACGCUGCUGCUGUGGCUGCUCUUGUAGCUGCUGCUGUCCAGGGCAGCUUUUCUAAUCCACUGAUGCCUGACUCAUCGCCUCUGUCAGCUCUUCUUGCUGGCAAUGCAGGCAGUGAUUUCUCUCGUUGUGCUUCACUUUUUGCUCCAGGCAUGGACCUGAUGACACUGUCAGCAUCUUUAUCUGGUAUGCCCUGUGGACCUUUUCGUAAUGAAUCUGCUGUUGAUGGUAAAUCAAUGGGUCCUGAUAAAUUACAGCUUUUACAGUUUGAUAAAUCUUUUUUAGAGAAUGUUUCCAUGAACAAUUUGGGUAACAUGGCGGCCCUGACCUACUUGCUUCAGCAGCAGCAACAGCUUCAGCUGGAAUCAGCAGGACUUGGCAGCGGCAACAUAACUAAUGCCCUGAAUGGCCUUACUUCUUUGCCACCCCUCAAUGGACUCGCUGGACUACAGGCCAUCCCGGGGCUUGAAGACAUCACUCUGCAACAGGCCUUGAAGAAAAUGAGGUACACUGGCGAUGCAUCAAUGCCGGUCAAGCGUAAACCGCGAUCCAGCAAUCACACCAAGAGCUUCCACUGCAGUCUCUGCAGCAAGAGAUUCUCACUCAAGGAUGAGCUAGAAGAGCACAUGCUUACUCACACGUCUGAUGAGCUUGGAAAUGAAAGCUACAUGCAGAAAAGUUUUGCUUGUACCGAGUGCUCAUUCCGCACCAAGUAUAAGUUUUGCUUGCAACGCCACAUGCACAUACACAGUGGCGAGAAGCCGCUUGUUUGUCCCUACUGUCGCUAUCGCUCCAUCUCAAAAGUGAGCUAUGAUAACCAUAUACGCACUCAUACUGGGGAGAAGCCUUUCUCAUGUCCCUAUUGUUCAUACAAAUCAAGUUUCAAAAAUAACCUGACAAAGCACAUCAAGACUCACACAGGCUCAGGCAAGCCGUAUACCUGCAACAAAUGCUCGUGCUGCUUUUCGUCGCAGAUGCAGCUCAAGACGCACAUGCGCCUACACAUGGACCCUACAGGCACCCACAGCUGCACACAGUGCCUCUACACCUGCAUGUCUCGUUUUGAACUCGAGUGCCACAUGCGCACUCACUUGCCCAUGUAAUAAUUUGAUACCAAACAUUUCUUUUCUAAUGCAACGACUGAAUGAUCUUUCCUGUUAUUUUAUGAUUUGUUUAAACAGUUCUCAGAGUGACUUGCCCAUGUAAUAAUUUGAUUCCAAACAUUUCUUUUCUAAUACAACGACUGAAUGAUCUUUCCUGUUAUUUUAUGAUUUGUUUAAACAUUUGAGUGAUCUAAGUUGAAAGGAAUGUCAGGAAAUUGAAUGUUAUGAAUAACACCAUGUUUCGGUUUUUGUUUAAUGUCACUACUGAUGUGAACAAUAUUAUUAUUAUUUCAAUACUCGGAUGUUUGGAAUACUCACAUUUAAUUAGGUAAACAAUAAUUCUCUAUGCUUUUUAUCCGUUUCAUUAAUCCUGAAAUAAUACUCUUGUGUUUUUAAGUUUUCAAGGUUGAAAUUUUGUACCUGACAUUUGUUGUUGCAUUCUUGUUUUAAUAAUAUGAACUACCUGCUGUCUCGAAACUAGGUGCAUCUAAUGCUGCGAUAACCUCGUACAUGUGUUGAAACUUAUUCGUCCUGGUGCUUCAUCACCUUCAUAAAUUUGUGCAGCUGGCUUUUGCAAUCAUGCGAGAUUUUAUUGUGCGAGAUUAUACUGAAUUCAUCUCCCUAUUCAUACUACUAGUGUUGUUUAUCAGUAAAUUGGCUUACAAACUUUAUUUUAUUGAAUUUCUGAUAUUACUGUAAAGAAAUGCCAAUGCCAAGGUAUGAUUACUGUGAUUCCUAAUAAGGGCAUUCAACUUUUCAAACGAGUCAUUUAAUGACUUAAUCCUCUCACUUAAUACUCUGACUUAAUACUCUGACUUAAUACUCUUUAGCACUGUCACAUUGAACCCAACAGCUGUGUUACCAGUUGCUAUCUAGUUCUCCUGAUGAUUAUUUGUAUAUUUUGUUAUGUAUUAUCUAUACUCGCAUUAUUAGUCAAAUAACUGUAUAGUUAUCCUCUGGUUGUGGGCAUAUUUGAACGUUUUCGAUAGUUGUGUUCCUUAUCAUUACAAUGAAGUUAAGUUUUUACAUUGUUUGUCGUACGGCAUGAAAACGAUCUUCAAGAGGAGCUUAUUGUUCUUGUUUGUUGCGGAGAUGUGAACGCAGACUUUGUUCAAUGAGUGAAAAAUGAUAUUUUUACGCCUUUGUGGAUUAGCCAUAUCGUGGAUGCACGCGUUAUAUUUUGAGUAACUCUCUGGUAAAUACUCAUAGUUGAUGUAACAUUUCAGUGAUUUUGGAGUAGCUUUUCUGUUUGUAAUUGCUUAUUAUUUUUUGGAUACGCUCAAACUUUCAAUAAUGGUUAUCUGGUUAUAAUAGAACUACUGCUUAAAAUUGCUACGUCUUGAAUUUUUCCUCAUUCAUUUUUAUUUAGUUCAUUGAAAUUCUACUGACGGUGCUCGAAAAACUUCCAUGAGGAUACAAUUGCUUAUUUUUUAAUGAAUUGACUGCAUCAUGAAGAUGUGUUCAAAACUUGAUGGCCGUCCUAUUGUGAGUUCUGUUUUUACUGUUAGACUUUUUUAGUACAUAUUUUUUUGGUUUAAAAGGUAAUUGUUGACAUCGAAUUACAAAAUAGGUUCUUUCUUAACCACCUUGAGUAUCAUUUCAUGACUGAUGUGCAAUGACGUUAUCUGUACCCGCUAUGAAUCUCCUGUUAUUUUGUUUUACUUUAAUGGUAUUCAAGUUUGUUUUUGUCCCUUGAUAUUUUGAUGUUCUCGAGUUACCUUUAGAGUUGUGUAACUGACGAUUGCCGGGAGUAGCGAGAAUUUUCUUUGAUCUUAUCGUUGUUUUUGACUUGUAACAACAUUAAUUAUGUUUAACAAUGCACAUAAUUGUAAUUCUAUAGGACAUGAAAACUAAUUUCUCUCAUUCUUUUCAUUUAUUACGAUCGGAGAACAAAUUUAUAACGAUAGGAGAAAAAAUAAUAUUUGACAAGGCAUUCAAGUAAAGCUGUGUGCUGACUGAGAGGAGGCUUUUUUGUUCUAACGAAUUGCAUGUCGUUAAAGUGUGAGGUUGUUACUGCUAUUGAAUUAUUGCAAGCAAGAUGAUGUAAUGAGAGCUUGUUCUGCUCCAAGCCUUCACUGUAUGAAUAAAUGUGCGUGAAUGUGAGGGAGUGAACUUAGUACCUUACAUAGCUUCAAAGUAUCUGGCUUUCUGGACUCCUAGAAUGUUAGUCUAGAAACCUGUUGUUUAUAGUGUGCUUUUUUAGAAAUGGUAACAUUGUAGAUGAGCUAUAUUUUGAGCUUCUUUUUGUAAUAGAAAAAUGUUUAUUUUUAAUUUGUGCUAUAGUAAAACGCUGUAUACGCUUUAUUUUUAUAGUGGAACUGAUCACAAACACAUGAGAGCUUUUGUCUGUGGUAGAACUAAUGAAGUAUUACCAGCUUAGAUAACUAGCUUUAGGGAUUGUUUAGAUGCUCUUAAGAUAAGAACCUCAUAGCCGUAAUCUUAAUUGUAUACAUUCCAUCAACACGCAGGCUCGGCUACUGUCGGAACCUCUUCACAUACUCGUCCUCAAUUCUACAACUUACGUAGAUUUGUUUGGUAUUCUGAAGGCGUCCUAGGGUUUGUUGCUAUACUUCGCGCCUGUUUUUUAUGAUUACCUCGACAUUUUUGUCAGAGGAUUCAAAAUGUAUGUAUGUCAGAAACAAACAUUUUGACACGCAUAUUGUAUGUUUUUGUCAAACAUACAAAAUGAUGAUACUAUGUUGUAUGUUUUUUGACGAAGCUGGGUUUACUAUUUUCACGCCACAUUUUCCAUCCAUGCGUAUAUUAAUUGAAGUUUUUAUAGAGAUGUUUUUUUUCUGUAGAGGCGUUUAUUAGUUGAUACUGAAUAUCCAAACCUCAUGUUAUGGAAAUCUGUUUCUGAUUUCUCUUGGAGAAUUGUGCAACAAAUGAAACAUUGAUUUCAAUUCCGUAAAUUUUUCUCAUUUCAGUUGUAAAUUAUGACCAUAAAUUAACGCGUUUAUGCAGAAUACUUGAACAUUUUCAUGACUCCACUCCCGGACUCCCUUGUCUCAGGUGUUACUCUAGCAUACCGAGAUCUGCCUGUCAUGCUUCAAUCAAUGCACUAGAAACAUCUUCCCUCUUGUAUUGUCCAUUUAACAAUGAUUGAGAGUGUCAAAUAUUGAUGAUAAUUGGAAUCUGUUUCGACACUUCCUCUCUAUCGAUGACUUGAGGUAUCGGGUAUCGGGGAUUCCAUUUACUUAUCAACGAAGUAUUUUGAAUAUCCAUUAAAUUUUAUAGGCAGAGAAUGGUUUGCUGUUGCUAUUAACGCCUUUUGUGUAGCCGUCCUAAAAGUUCAAGUUACUUUCAUCUUGCAAACGUCCGAGGGUUUGAUGAAAAAAAUCGUCGUGCCUUGUUUAUUGCAGACUUUACUGCAUGUUUAUUGCUCGCUUCCGGUGCUGGAGUUUGGAAAUUUUUUGAGUUUUCAUAAAAUAAAAUUCAUCUCCAAAUCCAGGAGAUUGUUUUUUUUGAGCCGAUCGAUUAUGAUGCAACCUCUGCUAUUCACGUUCUUGUUUCCAAAGCCAAAAUUACCUACCGGCUAAAUUAGUUUUCCAUUCAACUCGGAUGGUUGUAUUAGAUGUUGCGUAUAAACUAAGAUUAUAUUAGUUGUCCAAAUUAUUAUCUCGAAUAUUGACAGCUAUUAUUGUUAAGUAUUCUGUAUGGCAUUCUUGGGUUAAUUGUUUGUAUCUACGUUAAUUCAACUAUGGUUAGGAAUUUUAGUUUUAAUUGCUAUUACGCAUACCCACAAAGACUAAUUUACCAGGGAUAUCUUUCCAUUUGAUUGAGCUCGACAUUUGGGGAUGAAACUUCUUUAUGAAUGAAUUGUGUGGUUUUUUUAGUAAACACGAAAACUAGGUAUUUCUCGCUCGCAAUUUACUUUAACCAUGCUGAUUAAAAUGUAAGCGUGGAGUUAAAAUGUAUUAAAAUGCCAUUGAUGUCCGUAUUGCUUGAGCCUUCAAGCGUGACGAUGUCAUUGGUACAGUCCAGGUGCAAUGUACACUGUGCGUAAAGGUGCUUGUACACGGAGAAAGUAUUAGCCGAUAGUGUUAGUGGUCAGUAUUUCUACUUCAGAUAUCGGGCUAAAAAUGGAAGAAAAAUGCAACAUUUUUAAUUUUAGUAACAAUUUUAUCAAAAUUAUCAAAAAUUAUGUUUGAAAAUUGGAAGAAAUUAGCUCGAUAUAUGAAGCAAAAGAUACUUGCCACUACCACUACAGGCUAAUACUUAGCUCGUGUAUAAGUACCUUAUGAUAAGCUAGAUUAUAUAUAUACAUAAGGUUGCUAGUGUAAACCGGUGCCGUUAGAUAGCAUGCAGGGUGUUUUCCUCUUCCUUAAUAGGUUUUAAACUGCGCGCGUUCGUGCCACAUUUUUGCAAGCCAAUGUUAUUCCUAUAGAAUCUGAGUGGACUUGGUCGGGCUACUGCUACCUCAGCCUCGCCCUUAUUUUUGAUGCCAAUUGUUAUUCCUGCUAGAAACUGCAGCCACUCACCGAACGGUCGGUGUAAUGUAAGUCUUGCUCGUAAUAUUCAUGCCAAUCAUUGUUUUUAUGGUGUUGUAUUUAACAAAAUGUUUGUGACUAGUCAUUGCUUCCUAUGAAAACCUUUGAAAUCUACAAAUUUCAAGUGAAUUUGAUAACAUUACCAUAAUUGAAUCUGUACAUUUUCAUUUUUUGGCUUCAAGUGCUCGGAGAGCGCGAAACUAUUGGUUACGAAUUUUUACUAACACCAAAGUACGAAGUGCAAUGUCGAAACAUCGAUAAUGGUAGCGCGAUGGUGUUUGACUAAUACCAAAAUAAGCUGUGCAAUGUCAGAACAUUGAUUGUCGAUGAUAUUUCUUUGUCGGUGAUCCAGUGAAACGCCCGGAAUUUGCGUGAUUGAAAGCGCUUAUUAUUGACUUUUGUUGUUACGUAACUGAUUGUAUAAUUAUUUGGUUGACUUCCCAGUGCUGAAACUCUAUUGUGCAUUCGAAUUUUCGUGAAAACUGUCUUGUUUCUUUUGGAAUCUUUAUUUAGUGUUGUAUUUCUUUGCAUUGAUAAAGUCAGGUUGUCUGCUAACAGACAAGGUUGUUACAUUAAAAAAUUCUCAUUUGAUUUCGGUCUCCUGAGCUGAAAUUUUCCAACUUAUGAAGUUGAAUUUACACCUGUUGUUCCGAGAUGAGUCUUCACAGCAUGUUAUAUAGGCCAACAUGAAUUUUUUUAAUGAACUUCCGUUAAUAGUGUUAAGAAAUAAAGUUUUUUUGUAGCAUUCUUUACUCGUGUGAUCAUUCAAUUGGCUUUAUCAUACAUUUUCGCGAACAACAAAAAAGUUAAUGGUCAAUAAAUUAUUGUUUCAUAACUGCAGCAUCGUCGUCACAAAAUGACCGCAAAGCGGACAGGAAGAUUUUCCUCAAAGAUUUACUGCUUUCCGUUGUGAUAGGAGCAGGGAAAAUACCCUUAGCAUAAUGAUGAAAUAACACCGCUUUUGUUGCUUCUAGCGUGUUUUGAAUGUUAGUUAAUUGAUUACCGCUGCAGAAGUGAGAUCCACAGACGUGGUCAUUGCAUGUAGGCAGAGCCGACUGAAUUCGUCUCUUGCAAUACGAAGAAAGUCCGUUCGGGGCUGCAUUUCAUUUCUUGACAGCGCGAUACUUGCCUCAUGAGGAAUCGGUUAUCUCUGAACCUCCUCCAGCCCUUGUCUUCGCAGGUCUGAUGGCUGGAAUUUGUAAUCCUUUUAGAAGAAGUGAAGUACUCGUCUUUUAAAAGGUAGAAAUUUCACGCUGUUGAGUGUAUGGUGUGAACGGAGUUUCAAGCUUGAAGUUGAAAUCGGAUCCUGGGAACUGUUCCAAUUUUUGCUAAAAUUACGCGCCGAAUCUUUAGGUUGUGAUUAUAAGAGUAUUAUGUCCAUGCUUUCAGUCCUCUAAAUACUGAACUUGACUUCCAGUUCUCACUACACGUUAUUGAAGACCUGGGCCUAUGGAGGCCUGCUGAUUCUUUUCCGGCAUGUAAGAUGUGUACGUAGUGCAAUAUUGCUUUAGAUGAUGAAUACUCAUAGCAACAUGGUAAGGCUUUUACGCGUAGGUGUAACAUAUAAUAGUCGAGCGUACUUAAAAGUUACGAUUGUAGGAGGUAUUGUAGUGCAAAGCUUGCCGCUGCACCGCCGGCGUGAUGGAGAGCGUGUGUGGAGGCGAGAGUGCGGUGGCUUCUAGGGGCUGUAACUAAUGUAUUGCAGUGAUAGAAUUAGGCGCCAACGUCGCGGCGCUGACAUGCCCGUGCUUGUUCGUCUUGGCAGAAUAAAAUGUGAUGGCUUUAA